CGCCUCCGUGACGUUUUAGUGGACGUGUCGGCUAGCGAUUGGUGGGUUCGGCGGAGGCGCGGUUGGCCCCCCCCCUCGGCUCCCGGGACGCAGCUCGAGCGAGAAGAUGGCGUCGCGGGGAACUAACAAUGGCUUCCUGUCCAAAUGGAAGAUUGAUGACAAACCUAUUAAGAUUGACAAGUGGGAUGGUGCGGCUGUGAAAAAUGCCCUGGAUGACGCUGCCAAAAAGGUUCUUCUGGAAAAGUACGGAUAUGAGGAGAAUUAUGGUCUCAUAGAUGGUCGGCUUCUCAUAUGCACAAUCUCCUGCCUCUUUGCAAUAGUUGCCCUGAUCUGGGACUAUUUGCACCCUUUUCCAGAGUCAAAGAAUGUACUUGCAGGCUGUGUUCUUUCCUAUUUUGUUAUGAUGGGGAUUCUCACUUUUUAUACUUCCUACAAAGAAAGAAGCAUAUUUUUAAUUGCAAUACAGAAAGACCCUGCUGGUUUGGAUCCUGGUGACACCUGGCAGCUGUCAUCAUCUCUGCGGAGGUUUGAUGACCAGUACACAUUAAAGAUGACAUUCAUUGAUGGCCGAACCAACCAGGAGCGGGAGAGGGAAUUUACCAAGUCCCUUGAGUACUUCUUCGAUGAAUCUGGAACCUUGGUAAUGGAUAUGUUUGAGCCCGAAGUGUCGAAGCUACAUGAUUCAUUAGGGAAGAAGAAGAAGAUGAAAUAAGAGUCUGUGUGUUUUGCAUUCUGUUGUAUUGCUGGCAUUGUGCUUAAGAAAAGGAGGAAAAAAAAAACAUUUACUAAUUUUGUUGUGAUUGUGCCCUGUUCACUGCUGGCUGCUUCCACAGGCUUGCUUGUAUUUCCCAAAUACAUUCAGCAGCAGCAGAUGUUUGUACAAGACCUUGUAUAAUGGCCGAGGGCAGUUUGAGGGAGGGUUAAAUACAGCACCGAGAUUACAAAUGGUCGCUGCUGGAUUCUGAUGUCUUUAAUCCAAGGUUCUUUCACAAGUCAGCAAAGAGGCACACAACUUAUUGUGCUAAUUGAAAGAAAUUUGGAAAUGGUCAAUGACAAGUCUAGUAAGGGAAGGGAGAAAAGAAGCAAAGAUGGAUCUUUUUUCAUACCCAUAGCUAAGAAACAUUCCAAUUAAAUUUGUAGAUAAGAGUUAACCAAUCGGAUAGCCCCUAUUCAAAUAAUGUGAUACCAAGAAGUUUCCAGAAUCAUACAAGAGUAAUCACAACAGGACAAUUGCAUAUAUGUACAUACUGUGGCCAUUAGGAAGUGUACUAAACAGUUACAUGUGUACAAGUAGUUAUAAAAGUACAAGCAGGCAUACAUUCAAAAUCAAUAUACAUUUAUUAUCAAAGUAUAUAUGUAGUAUACAACUCUGAGAUUCGUCUUUCCACAGACAGCCACAAGACAAAGAAACAGCAUGGAACAGUUCAAAGAAAAACAUCAAUCCUUCCACCCUACCACCAUUAUUUAUUUCCAUAGAUGCUGACUUCCUCCAGCAUCUUGUGUUUUAUACUAGAUGGUGAAGUGAGAUGUAAUUCUGAGGUUGUGAUUGAUAAUGAAUGAGCUGAUCACCUUUUUAAAGGAAAAAAAUAAUUCUCUGCCUGUGCAGCACCUUGUCGAUGUGUUGUUCCUUCAGUUCUGCACUUCCAAAAUUGUGCUGCUUCCAGAGUUAGACCAUUAAACGCAGGAGCAGAUUUAGGCCAUUUGACCCAUCAUGUCUUCUCCACCAUCCCACCAUGGCUGAUUUAUUAUUCCUCCCAAACCCAUUCCCUCCACUUUAAAUAUAUCCAAUGACUUGGCCUCCACAGCUGGCUGUGGCAAUGAAUUCCACAGAUUCACCACCCCUCUAGGUAAAGAAAUUCCUCCUCAUCUCUGUUUUGACUGGGUGUCUCUUUAUUCUGAGGCUAUGCCCUUUGGUCUUAGACUCUCUCAACCCCCCCCCCCCCGCAUAGGAAAUACUAUCUGCAUGUCCACAGUAUCUAGGCCCUUCAAUAUUCCAAUAGGUUUCAAUGAGAUUCCCCCUCAUUUUUAACUCCAGCAAGUACAGGCCCAGAGCCAUCAAAUGCUCCUCAUAAUGUUAAA